UCUCACAAAUCACUUCCGUAAAACCACUGAAAAGUCCCACUGCUGUUGAGAAUUAAACAAAUACGGGUCUAAGGAAUGUCAAGUUAGAAGAAAUAUGGACUAACAUCUUCUUAGUUUUAAAUUGAAAUGUGGUCUGCUGAAUGUUAUCAAUAAUUUAAGGGGUUCUGGUCAGACAUCCAAGGAUCCUGGUGCAGUAAUGCUCUUCCUCUGUUGACAAAGAGUGGCAAGUAAAGUCAUUGAUUCUCUUGGUCUUGGUCUGUUUUCCAAUCCUUUCGCAGUCAUGGAUGUCUCUCGAUGGAAAUACCAGUUUAAAAUCAUCAUGCUAGGUUGCGAUAAUGUGAGAAAGUCAUGCUUGCUGGAGCGCUACAUAAAGGGCUUGUUUCCGGAGCAUAUAUAUGCGACCAUUGUAACGGGCUUAAGUAUUCACUACUUAGAGGUGGAGCCAGGGGUCAUAGUGAAACUGCAGCUUUUCGAUACACCUGGUCUUGAGUUCUUCAGGACCAUGAUGCACGUUUACGUACAUAACUCAGCUGGAUGUCUGCUGGUGUUUGACCUCAGCGAUUAUAACUCUUUCAGCUACCUUAAGCGUUGGCACACAGAGUUGAUCAAGAGCCUGCAUCCACAUACUGCUCACUUCGUGCUAGUGGGACAUAAAAGCGACCGAAACGAGUGGGAAGUGACUCGAGAGGAGGCAGAACUACUCGCAAGCGAAUUCGGAGCGCAGUACAUCGAGGCUUCAGCCAAAACGGGUCACAAUGUGGUGGAGAGUUUCGAGAUGUUGACCCGGCACAUUUAUCAAGGCAUUUUGCAAGGAGAGGUGCAGGCCGGGGUUACAUGCUCCACAAAGAACAAUAACGACGUGCCUGCUGAAGAUAACAAAUGCUGUGCCUCUUAAUUUACAACAUUUAGCUCUAGUAAAAUUUUAGAACAUGGGAGAAAUGAUUUGUAAUGUUUAUUCAGUUCACCACUGAACCUACAGUAGGCUAUAUGUGUCUUUAACUAAUCAGAAUGUACGGAUGUGUCUGUGUGAUUUGAAACCACUCAAGUAAAAAUGUUUUUCAUUUUGUACGUGUAUUAAAUAAACUUGAAAAUUAAAUUUUUCGUACCAAAUCUUGAAGGUUGAUUUAAUCCAAUUAAUAAGCAUUAUUAAUAUAUAAUAUAUAUACAUAUAUAAGUGUGCACAAUUAUUAGGCAACUAAAUUACACAAAUAAUUUCUCCCAACUCAAUUGUUUAUUCUCAAUUUUUAGAGUAAGUGCAACAAAUAAGUAACACAAAAUUACAAUUAAAUAAAAUUUCUGGCCUUUCAAAAAUAUUCAGUGACCAAUAUAGCCACCCUUCUUUUCAAUAAUUGCCAUGAGCCUUCCAUCCAUGGAGUCUGUCAGUUUCUUGAUCUGUUCACAAUCAUCCUUCGCUGAAGCAGCAACCACAGCCUCCCAAAUGCUGUUCAAAGAGGUGUAUUGUCUUCCCUUACUGUAAAUCUCACGUUUGAGAAGGGCCCACAAGUUCUCAAUAGGAUUCAAGUCAGGUGAGGAAGGGGGCCAAGUCAAGUCACUUUUAGGCCCUUGCUGGCUAAGCCAAGCAGUGGAGUACUUGGAUGCAUGUGAUGGAGCAUUGUCCUGCAUAAAUAUCUUGGCCCUCUUGAAUGCCGAGGACUUCUUCAUGUACCACUUCUUGAAGAAAAUACUUUCCAGAAACUGGCUGUAGGUUUGGGAGUUGAGUUUCAGUCCAUCUUCAACUCGAAAUGGUCCAACUACCUCAUCCUUAAUGAUAGCAGCCCAUACCAGUACCCCUCCUACAAAUUGCUGGUGCCUGAUUCGAAGUGGUGCCCUGUGUCCAUUAGUGAUCCAGCCACGGGCCUAUCCAUCUGGUCCAUCAAGAGUCACUCUCAUUUCAUCGGUCCAUAAAACCUUUGAAAAAUCAGUCUUCAGGUAUUUCAUUGCCCAAUCUUUAUGCUUCAGCUUGUGAAUCUUAUUCAGUGGUGGUCAUGUUUCAGCCUUCUUGACCUUGGCCAUGUCUCUGAGCACUUGGCACCUUGUACUUCUGGACACUACAGGUAGGCUGCAGUUCUGGAAUAUGGUGGCACUGGAGGAUAAUGGGUUCAUGGUAGCUUCACAUUUAAUUCUUUAAUAAGUAAUAAGUCUUUUGCAAUUAAUUUGCGCCUGUUCUUCUCCAUACGUUUUUUGCGCCCCAGUUGACUAUUCGCAACAAAACGUUUGAUUGUCCGGCGGUUACGCCUCAGUAGUUUAACUAUUUCAAGAGUGUUGCAUCCGUCUGAAAGGCAUUUAAAAAAAAUUGACUUUUCAGUGUCAGUUAAAUCUCUUUUUUGGCCCAUUUUAUCUGAGGUAAUGAAGCUGCCUAAUAAUUAUGCACACCUUGAUAUAAGGUGUUAGUCACUUUCGCCACACCCUCCCUCAUUACACAAAUACAUAUCACCUGAAAAUGAUUGAAUCCAAUAAGCAUUCAAGUUUAUAUGGUUUGGAGUUGGAAAAUGUGCAUGGAAAUAAUGAUAAGAUCAGAAUACUCACUUGCCUAAUAAUUGUGCAUGCAGUGUAUACUGACACUGGCAUGUACUGACAUAAUAAUCAGUGACUCGUGUUUUCUCCUUUAAAUGAAUAGUUCACCCCAAAAUAAAAAUUCUAUCAUUUACUCACCCUCAUGAAAUCCCAGAUGUAUAUGACUUUCUUUCUUCUGCUGAACACAAACAAAGAUUUUUAGAAGAAUAUCUCAGCUCUGUAGGUCCAUACAAUGCAAGUCAACGUGAUCCAAAACUUUGAAACUCAUAAAACCACAUAAAGCCAGCAUAAGACUCCAGUGGUUAAAUCAGUGUCUUCAGAAGCAAUAUGAUAGGUGUGGGUGAGAAACAGAUCAAUAUUUAAGUCCUUUUCUACUAUACAUUUUCCUCCCUGCCCAGUAGGUGGCAAUACGCACGAAGAAUGUGAAUCGCCAAAAAAAAAAAAAAAAAAAGAAGUACUCUUAUGAAAGAAGGGCACUUAGGAGGGCUGUUUGAAAGUGGAUAUUUAUAUUUUAAAAAGACUUAGUCGCUUUGAAUAAAAACGUCUGUCAGUACAUACGUCAAAUAUUGUGUUAACGUAUAC